CUGUGCUUUUGGCUGAUUCUUGGGUCAUUUGUGGUUCUGGUAGUCUCUCAUAGCUAGCUGUCCUGCUGUGAAAGAGGUGUGGGAGCAGGGGAAAAGCAGGCUGACAGAAUAAUGGUGCUGGAUCCUCAGCAUGCGUUCUGCCAAGUGCUUUGUGCGAGGACAGCACUCUGUGGUAUCUGGCAAUACACACUGACACUUAAUAGCAAUAACGAUUUCUGUGAAAGCUCUGCUCAGUUCAGGUGAUGAUGGGAAUCCUGCUGCUCUGCUAGUUUUCCUGUAACAAAGGGGAGAGUUACAGAUCAAUAUUUAUUUUCUGCUUGCAGCUGCUAGUGGCUGGAUUACAAACUCCGCAGGAUGCAGCGACAUGAGAAUGAUCAGGAAAGGAUUUAGAUCCCUGGCUUCCAGUAAGGGUGCGUUUUGAUUGUGUUCCUGCUGAGAAUGUUUCAAAUGUUGUGAUGGGUCAAGUAGAACAAGAUCUAUUAGGCAGCGGUUUCAGGCAGCUGCUGCAAGGUCCUAAGGCUUCAGUCCCUGCAUUUCCAUGGGCGCUGUCUGCGUGCUGUUCACCUGGCUGGCAGAAACAGGCAUGGCGCAGUGACAGAAGACCAACGGCACUGCUCUGGCUGGGCUCUCCCUUCCUGCCCCCCCCCAGCUUUUGAAUAAAGGGCAGAACUGACCUGUCUUUUUAACAACUGUUAGUCAUGCAGAGCAGGACUUGCUGCAUGCCAAAACACCAAGCAGCCAAAAGCCACACUUAGUUUUACUAAGAACAUAUAAAAACUCUUCCAGUUAAAAUUUCCUUAGUCCUAGAACAUUAUCUGUGCACCAAAAUGUUUCCCUUCUCUUGGUUGCUGGCAGGGAUUUUUGUAUCUGCCUGGGGGAUGGAAACCCUUUCAGCACCGGGGUGAGAAAGCAACAGCUGCCUUCUCUUCGUCAUUUUGUAAUUGGUAAACCAGCAAAUGAUGCCUUACAGGUCCCAGCAGAACCACCAGUGGUGGGCUUAGGAAGACUUUCUGCAUGUUGCAGGUACAAAGGAAACAGUGUAAAAAACGUGACUGUUGUCUCUUUAGACUUAAGUUGGUCUUUCUGCAGUGCAUAAUUUAAUUCUGCAUUUGUUAUAAAUGUAUUUUGUAGCACCAGCCCCUCCCCCAAAUCAGUACUCAUGCUUUUCGAAGUAAUAAGUUAUGAUUCUUCAUCUUUUUCUGGAAUAAGAUUGCUGUCCAGUCUUUGGGGAGGAACUUUCAGUUGUGUUACAUCUUGCUGUUCCUGAUCAUGUUGGUGAUAACCAUGGGAAUAAAAUCGGGUUAUUUGGCAAAUAUUACUUGGCUGUUUAAUUGGUGGAGAAGCAAAGAUCUACUACAUGGUUCCACUUCAGGGAUGUCACUUUGCUGGAUCAAAAUAUUACUGGUGAUCUCGUAUGGAAGGGAUGGAAAAUGAUGACGGUCUCCAUUCUGCCAUCUCUCCGCAGUAUCACAAUAAUGUGUAGGCACUACCCAUGAAGCGUUGACAUGUUUAGUGCACCCUCAAAUACACGAUGACAGAUGCAUUGAUAUAUCACCAGAUGUGAUUUUGCAAAGUGCUUAUUUUUGCUGUGUGCAGCAGUACCAGGAUAAACUGUUCCUGGUAGCAAGUUUUCUUACAUAUGCUAUUUGAACUUGAGGCAGAAAGACUGGAUCCAGAAGCAUUGGCAGACAAAAUGCUACUAGCUUUUCUUUUGAACAAAAAAAAAAUUCAAAAAAAAAAAGUGUAGGUGCCUAUUAAUAAAUCUGAAUGAUCAGUGGCUGCUCUAAAGCAAAACCAGCAUAAUUCCACAUCUUUGAGGCAGAUUGGAAUAGCAGUGAUGCCUUGUAACAAAGUGGAUCUUUCAGGCAGGUGUUCCUCCAGUGCCAAAACCACUGAAUGGCAAAAAAAAAAAAAAGAAAACGUGUGUGUGUGUGUGUAUGGUGUGGUAGUGAGCAGUGUGCUGAUAGCUGCACAGAGGCAGCUGUUCUUGGCAGCGAUGGAGCUGUGCGUCUCCUUGCAGGUGGAAGAGGAUUAGAUGGGGUUGCGUUCUGCAUCAUGGAUUUCCUGCUGUAACAGUACACCAAACAUGUUUCUUUCUAUAACUGGUUUGAAGAGGCUUCCAAGCAGCCUAUAAAGCAAUCUAGUUUUACUGAUAGAGCUACUUCAGCUUGCAUCUCACAAAAUCUGGGUUUGUUUUUGCUAGUUAAGCAUUCUGUAAGCAUUGGUAGGUUUAGAGUCUGACUCUCAGCUCUGUAGUUUGAUGAUUUUAGCCUCAAAACUGACAAUGAAAUUCUAAAAAAUUGCCUGAAAUGUUCUUAAGGAGAUGUUGUACAAGUAGCAUGGCUGUGAAAAUGCCCUGGAUGCAAACCUUGGUACGUGCAUUAGGACAGCUGUUCGGCCACAGGCUGAGAGGAUUUUUCUGUGCUCUGAAAGCUGCUCAAGGAAAGGCUUAAAAACCAAAUGGUCAUGAAAAACAAAAGGCCAACUAAGCCUUUUUCAAGCUGAUUGAAGCCAUGAUGUUAGCAGGGGAUAGAAGGUGUGGGCAAAUUAACUUACUUUUAAAGCCAGUUUUCAUCUGAGGCCUAACUUUGCAUGCUCUUUGCGUGCCCUUUUUUCUUUUUUUUUUUCUGAGAAACUGUUUUAAAAUAGUAAAGAAAUAUUAACAUGAUCUGGGCAGCUUCUGCUCUAUAAAGUAGCUGGAUUGAUUGUAUUGUUUUGUGCAUGCUUCAGCAAAAUGAAGGCAGACAACCAAUAACAAAUCAGCAAGGCCACCUGCUCCUUGGGGUGUAUGUAGAUUCUAAGCAAUGCUUCCACCUGGUGAGCUGUGCCGGGUCUGGGUGCUGCAGGCUAUUCUUUGCCAGGUAAAUAAUGCCUGGGAAGCCGGAUGGCUGGAAAAGCACGGUAGCUGCUCAGGGACUACAAUUAUUUGAGACAGACUGUGGGAGACCCUCAUUGUGCAGGCUGCCAGCAAAACAGAGCUGGUGGAGCUCUGAGGCAGUGAGAAGAUGCCUUGUUUCAGAGGAAGAUGUUUCCUUUUUUUUAUUGGUGGUGGUAGCACUAAGACUGCUGUUCUGGGAGCUUAAUUGUGUUCCCACUGACCGAGGGAAGGUAAAUGUGUUUUCAAAGACAUUAAUAAAUUAAUCACUUCAGAACGAAGAGGAGCUUUAGACUGCAAGUGAAUUAUGGAGACCUGUGCACAGCAGAGAUGAGACAGCUGCAUCAGCACAUCAGUGGGACUGAAGGAGCUUCCCAGGCUCAAAAUGCAACACAGGAAUGUUCUCCAUAUGCUGCGCAUCUCUACGAUGCUGAAAACCCCCGAACGCCUCUAAGAAACCUUCCCGGGCUUUGUUUUGACUAUUGCUCCGAGUUCCAUUUCAACUGCCGCUCCGCCAUCAGCCUGCUGACUAGCGAUGAGCACGUUCGGGAAUGCUGCGAGAGGAACAAGACACACUUUUGCAACCUCCUUCACCUACACGACGAGGACUACUGCUUCCCCAACGUGCUGAAGAACACCGUCCUCAACCGCAACCUGGGCUCGGUGGUGGAGGGCCACAAGGGCUGCCUCCAGCUCUGCCUGGCUGAGGUCGCCAACGGGCUGAGGAACCCGGUGCUCAUGCUGCAUGCCAACGACCAGACCCACCGCGCCUUCGUAGCUGAGCAGCUGGGGGUGGUCUGGGUCUACUUACCUGACGGCAGCCGGCUGGAGGAGCCCUUUCUGGAUAUUAAAAGCAUAGUGCUGGCUACACCGUGGAUAGGGGAUGAGAGAGGCUUUUUGGGGAUGGCUUUCCACCCCAACUACAAGCACAACGGGAAAUUUUAUAUCUAUUAUUCAUAUAUGGAUAAGAAGCGAGUGGAAAAGGUCAGAAUCAGCGAAUUGAAGGUUUUGGCCUCUGAUGCCAACAAAGCUGAUCCACACUCAGAAAGGAAUCUUUUGGAACUUGAAGAACCAGCCGCAAAUCACAAUGGUGGGCAGCUGCUCUUUGGGGUGGAUGGCUAUAUGUAUGUAUUCACAGGGGAUGGAGGGAAAGCUGGAGACCCUUUUGGAAAAUUUGGGAAUGCUCAGAACAAGAGUGUAUUGUUGGGGAAAGUCCUGAGGAUUGAUGUGGAUGGAGAAAGUCCUGAUGGCAAGCCUUAUCGCAUCCCUCCUGAUAACCCUUUUGUGUCUGAUCCCAAGGCCCGCCCUGAAGUUUAUGCGUAUGGGGUCAGGAAUAUGUGGCGCUGUGCUGUUGACAGGGGGGACCCUGUCACGAAGAAGGGAAGAGGGAGGAUAUUCUGUGGGGAUGUUGGGCAGAACAGGUUUGAAGAAAUUGACAUCAUUGUUAAAGGAGGAAACUAUGGCUGGAGAGCAAAGGAGGGAUUUGAAUGCUACGACACAAAGCUUUGCCGUAAUUCCUCCUUGGAUGACAUUCUUCCAAUAUAUGCAUAUGGCCGCAACGUGGGGAAGUCAGUCACUGGAGGUUAUGUAUAUAGAGGAUGUGAAUCACCCAACUUGAAUGGUCUCUAUAUUUUUGGCGAUUUCAUGAAUGGUCGACUGAUGGCUUUACAGGAAGAUGAGAAGACAAAUAAGUGGAAGAAGAGAGAUAUCUGCAUUGGUAGUACUAAAGUUUGUGCUUUCCCUGGAAUGAUCAGUUCUUAUAGCAAAUUCAUCAUCUCAUUUGCUGAGGAUGAAGCAGGUGAGCUGUAUUUUUUGUCUACAUCUUAUCCCAGUGCCUAUGCACCCCAUGGAUCUCUCUACAAAAUUGUUGAUCCUGCAAGGAGAGCUCCACCAGGGAAGUGUAAAUACAAGCCUGUUCCAGUGAAAAUAAAGAGUAAACGGAUACCAUUUGUUCCACGUGCAAAGACUGUCCUUGAGUUGCUUAAUGAACCUUCAACCAAACCUCCGAAAAAAUCUUCUACCCCUGCUGAAGCCAUCUCAACAAUUUCUUCGAAGAAAUCUAAAAAGACACCAUCCCCCAAAAUAAAAGCAUCAACUGUGAGAACAGCUCCAUCCAGUAAAACGACACAGAAAAUCAAGGCUGAAGAUGAACAUCACAGGUCAAAGCAGAAAAAGAAGGUUGCAAGGGUUGCCAGAACUACACCAGCACCAUCUGUGCCAAAAAAGAAGAGCUCCCACCUAACUGGAAGCAAGAAGCUUCUUCCGAAGAAAGCAGCACAAACCAAGAGAAACUGGAGAAGACGAGGAAAGAGAGUAGAUUAAGCAGCAGCUUUUGAAAAAGCAAAAGUCAUUUAUAAGAUGGUGAAACAAGUAUUUUGAAUAGCAACUAAAUAAAAGAGAAUCAGUUGAUUUAUAUAUAAUAAUAUGUUUUCAUGGACGAGCUCAAUGUUGCUCUCAGGCACUCCUCCAUUUAUGUCAGCGUUAGCGGUCUUUGUAUGUUCCAUUAAACCUUAACAGCACCAACUUCCUAAUACCAACUUUCUUUGCAAAUGCUGCUGUGAUGUCCUUUUUUGACGUAAGUAGUUAUGAGAGUCUGAUGGACUUUCACUGUUAAGUUUUGACCAUGUUUAUCUGUCUAAUAAAUCCAACUUCCUCCAGAUUUCAAGAUUUGGAUCUUUAAUGCAAGAAUAU